AUGCCAAAGUAUAGAAGGUUCCCUGUGGCCUGUCAUAACUGUCGCAAGAGCAAGAUCAAAUGCGACCGAAACUAUCCCUGUUCGAAAUGCACAUUGAAGGGUCUUAGUUGCGGGUACCCUGACAAGUUCAGGUCCCUGAGCCUUGACAGAUUGAUAAGGUCCCCAGAAACAUCUCCCAUGUCCCGAUCCUCAGCCCCAUCAACGAACGAUCUUGAGAAAACUGAAUCAAAUUCAUCUUUAGAAGAUCUAUCCGUGCCAGACUUAUCAAGGUUCUCAAGUGUUAGUUCCGGUUCACUUCCCAUGUCCGCGUCGUCUGAUUCACGGAUUGGCAUAUCAGAGAUCAAGAAAAGUAUCUUGUUCUCUCACCAAUGUGAAUCUAUGUUUCUUGAAAAUAGUUUUGAACUCUCAGGUAGCUUGGUUUCCGUGGUCCAGUAUCCCCGAGGAGUGGAAAACCCAGUCAUGUUACCACAGUUCGUGCGAGAUAAGGAGAAGAACAUUCAGUUAGUAAAAACUCUUAUUGACGAAUAUUUCCUUUUUGCUGAUGUCCCAAGUCUUAGCUUUCCUGUAACUUUUUCAGAGCUUUGCAGAGUAAUAGAUGAUGCGGAAGAAAAUAACACAUGGACACGUUUCAAGGGUUAUCUUUUUUUGAUUAUAGCCAUUUUGUUCCGAAUUCUCAACAUACUGCCUUUGGAACAUCCACUUUUCACCAAUUAUGUUUAUCUGAAAGAUAGAGAAGUUCAGAUAGAUCUUUUCAAGAGAUUUUUUUUCAUACAGAAUCUUCUCUCGUUAGAUAGUUCCAUCAAUGUUGAAGCAAUGUUUAUUAUGGUUGAAGAAGCUUUAUACGGGGAAGAAUAUGAUUUGUGUAAGUCAACUGUACUUGAAUUACAAAACUGCAUUUUUUUUCAAGAGUUAUGCAGCUAUGUUUCCAAUUAUGACUGUUCUACAACGGCAAAUAUGAAACCCAAAGCAAAAUUUGAUAUGUUGAUCAAGGACAAGAAACUAAUGAGAUGGAGUGACCUACUUUCUAAGUUUUGUAGGUUUGGAGCGUUGUUUUCUAUCAAACUGUUUCAUGAACCUUUUGAAGAAAGGUACCCACUUUUGAGGGAUAAUAACCUGAAAACAGAAUUAAAGCUAAACUUAGCCGAGUCAUCUAUCAAAGGGAUGGCAUUCCCUCUUAAGUGGACUCGUAGCUCAGACCGUGAAGAUCUUCUUGUUGAUGCGAUUGAGAUCGAGUAUCAACUCAUCUAUGAUAUCAAUUACCACAAGCUAAAGGUUAGAAAUCUCUUGGCAGGUGCAGGGCUAUCUGAGUCUUCACUUGCUACCAUUUUUGAUGACGAUUUUCCUAUAAUGGACGAAGAGUAUGGACAGAUUGAUGUCGAUGAUUAUGUUCCUUUAGAGCUGACAAUCUCAUCAUCCAAGAUACAUCAUUUGAAGAAAAUAUUUGACAAUCUCUUUGUCAUUCUGAACUGUCAGAUGACAAGGUUAGGCUUAACCCUUCAAUCGGUUGCCUUGUGUCCUGUACCCCUGAAACUGUGCCUUUCCUCAUUAAAGUCGGGGGUGAAUGGUAUAUUGGACCUAAUGACCGUAUUCCUUGAUGUGAAACGUUUCCUUUGUGGGAGUUUGGCACAGUUUGAAUACGAUCAGUUUCGCAGAGUUAUUCCUGUCAUAAAUCUCUACAUUUUUAAGUUUGUGCAAGGUUUUUUCCACGUCCUACAUUUGGAUCCCCAGUUCCUUAUACUGCAGAAGCACCAUAUAAGUAUCCUCCGGCAAAUGUUUCAACAGCUUAGAACAAAAAUAAUGACCACAGCGAAUGCUAAUCCUCUUAGUAUGAUUAUUAGAUACUUGGACGCAAUUGAACAACUUUGUGAGCGAAUUAACGAUGAUGAACAACGGCUAGGAACGAGUACCGGUAGCAUUUCUCCGAAAAUCAAGAGCUGGUAUAAUGCAAAGUUUCCAGGGGAAAACGUCAUUGGCAGAGAUCCUUCCGAAGCACAAGAUAUUCCUGUUUGUUUAAAGGUAAAGUGUUCGUUCAUUGACUCUUUAUUGAAAGGCUUGGAUUCAUGCAAGAUGAAGAGACGUAACAUGCUCAAAGAUAGCACUGAACAUUUAACGGUGAAUGUCAGUACUGAACUCCUUCCACUACCGGAAACAGAAUACAACGGUACUUUGGAUAAUUUCUAUGAAUUGUUUUUUAAUGACCAUUGA